AUGAGAUCAUACAAUUCAAGAUCAGAUAACCCAAACAUGGAGACGGAGACGGUGGUCGUUGCGGAGGUGGGUGGUCUGAAGAGGAGUGGGAAAAGAGGGUCGAAACAAGGGAGGCCUAACGGAGGCGCCGGAGAUCACGGUGGUGGUCAGUCGGAACAUGAGAUUCAUAUACGGACUGAGAGAGAAAGGAGGAAGAAGAUGAGGAAUAUGUUCUCUAGUCUUCAUGCUUUGCUUCCUCAACUUCCUGCUAAGGCAGACAAGUCCACCAUUGUCGACGAGGCCGUUACAUACAUCAAAAACCUUCAGCAGAUUCUCCAGACACUAGAAAAACAGAAGCUCGAGAAGCUAAGGAGUUCGACGACGGCGGUCGAUUACGACCGGUCAUCGAUAAUCUCAUCGCAGGUACAAGUGCCUGAGUCGAGGGAAGCCUUCCUGACAGAUAAUCAGGGACCAACAAAUGAGUAUCCUUUGACAAUCGACGCGCCUCAAACAUUUCCAGCUCAGAUGUCACCAGCUUGCUUUCAGAUAUGGUUUUCCUCCAAUGUAGUCAUAAGUAUGUGUGGCGACGAUGCACAAAUCAAUGUCUGUUCACCGAGGAAGCCGGGGACGUUAGCCACCAUCUUGUACAUACUUGAAAAGCAUCGAUUGGAGGUGGUUUCGGCUCAAGUCUCAUCGGAUCAGUAUCGGAGCAUGUACAUGAUCCAUGUCCAUGCCGAUGGAGUAUCGGAACAAUUUCCGGCAGCACUUUCGAUAGAGGAGACGUUUAAGCUGGCUGCAGGAGAGAUGAACUUGUGCCUGUUUUCAGGUUAAUGAUAAUAGUAGCAAAUCAACAUGAAGGUUGGCGAGUAGUUUCCUAUAGGGUUGAAAUCCUAGUUAAUUAGCGUUUUCCCUAGAGGAAGUUGAUGAAAGUGACUGUCUGCC